AUGCCCUCCAAAGUAACCAUCGACACGUCCCUGAAGGACGAAAAACAUGCCAUAUCCAACGGCGACAGUCCCAGCAUCACCGUGGUCGCUAAAGAAGCUCCGAUUACCGUGAAACGGAUACCCGCGACUCACAUCAACGCAGCCAUAGAUAAUCCCGGCGUCGCGCGCGCAGAUGUCGCAGUAUCCAUUGACAAACCCUCCGGCGACCAAGAAUGGGCCAGCAAGGUCCGGGGAUACACCCCUCUCCAGCAACACGUCCUCUUCUGGGACCGUGACGGCGAUGGAAUGAUCUUCCCAUGGGAUACCUAUAUCGGAUUCCGGGAAUUGGGUUUCAAUAUCCUCUUUUCACUCCUGGCGAUGUUGAUCAUCAACAUUAACUUUUCCUACCCGACUCGACUGGCAUAUAGCUGGCUCCCGGAUCCGUGGUUUCGAGUUUACGUGCGCAGCGUACACAAGGCGAAGCACGGUUCGGACAGUGGUACCUAUGACCCUGAAGGCCGCUUCAUCCCGCAGCUUUUCGAGAAUCUGUUUGCGAAAUGGGACUCGGAUAAUGAUGGAGCAUUGACGUUGCGUGAGCUGUUCCAGCUGAUGCAUGGCCACCGCUGCGCUGCUGAUCCGUUCGGAUGGGGUGCGGCUUUGUUCGAAUGGGGAACUACAUGGCUUCUCAUACAGAAGGAUGGAAAGGUUUACAAGGAGGAUUUGCGUGCUGUGUAUGAUGGUUCUAUAUUCUGGAAGAUUCGCGAGGCUCGGAAAACCAGCCCAGGUUGGACGCAAGGAUUUGGACUCGGUGGAGAUGGGUUUAUAGGAAGUGAAAAGAUAUACUCAUAA